AUGGGUGAAGGAAGAUGUGCCGGUGGCUGGAGAGGCGCCACUAGUGGGGUGGUGGGGGGUGUCGCGUGCCGAGCGAGGCCACGCGCCGAGCGGCGCGCGCUGUCAGUGGAGGGGGCAGCUAUAAAAAGGGCCGGAAACUGGCAGCGCGCGUCAUUCGCACUCGAGAUGGAGACACAUGAGGUUCGUUGCAAGCGGAGAAUCAGUUUCGCGUACGGCGGACAGCAGACGGCGUCGGUAGCGCGUCGCAACGCACGUGAGCGCAACCGCGUCAAACAGGUGAACAACGGAUUCGCGACGCUACGGGCGCACAUCCCCGUGUCGGUGACGGCGGCCCUUGGCGGACAAACCCAGCGGCCCGCACCCGGCAGUGCCGCCUCCAAGAAGCUCAGCAAAGUCGAGACCCUGAGGAUGGCAGUCGAGUAUAUCCGCUCCCUCCAACAACUCCUCGACGGACAAGUCGUAUCGCCCCCACCCUCCUCCUCGUCACCCGUCAGUAUGGCGUCGCCGCACUGUUCGGAGGCGAGCAGUUCGCCACCUCCGAGCUCCUACAACUCGGACUCCGCCCCCGGACAGACGUCUGUGCCCUCCUACAACCACUACCACCACGUCCAGCCCAUGUCCCCCGAGGAUGAGGAAUUGCUCGACGUUAUUUCAUGGUGGCAGCAGACGCAAUGACCUUCAAGGAACGGGGGCGACUCUCAUUCCCUUCCACUGAUCUCAGAAUCGACUGCCAAGGCGCAACUUUGCUCAGGAUCCGACUCCACAGAUUUUUAUUGAACUUCUGCAGCUCCUAUUGUUGAUAUCUGCAUCCAAUGUGUCCACUGUCCACGUUUACUUCUUCCAUUCCACACAAUAUGAAGACCUCCAUUUGCAUUCCACAGAAUCAUAAUCUACGGCUGACGUUUCCGAGGUGAUUUAUAUAAGAUGAAAUAUUAAGGUGCCGAAAUUAGGAUGUCAUGGUGCCGAAUCUCGUUUUGUACUUUUAUAAUCAUUUUGAACUUAUAUGUUAGUCUAUUUUAGAACUUGCCUUGAUAAUAUUUUGAAUUUUCAUACAACAUUCUAAUAAGAUAAGAAUUAUUGUGAUUGUCUAUUGAUUGAUAGGUUCCAGAGUAUUGACUUUGUUGAAUUUUAACAAUAGAUACUACUGAAAGACUGUUAUAUAAAGUUGAUUUUUUAUUAUUAUUAAUAUUGUAGAGGUGAUACUGAAGUGAAUAACUUUUUUGAAAUCAAGUAAUGUCUGUAAUUUGUGUAUCUCUUUAGAAAUUUUUUUACAUGUGAUCUAUUCUCACAACAUUUUAUACCGUACUUGAAUUGAAACUCAAUUCCAGAAAAUUGAGUUCCAUGUCAAAAUGCUUGUUAAUAACUGAAGUAGCUUUUUAAUAAGAAGUAGAUUAUUUUUCAUUUUAAUGUUAUUUAUAUCAAGUGGGGCUAUUUAUAUUACCAAUGUUGAAAAAAUUCUCUGGAUUAAUUAUUUUUAUUAUAAGAUUAGUGAAAAAUCCAGAUGUAUGUUGGAAAAUUUAAUUGAUUAAUCUUAACAAUUUCGUUGAUACAAAAAUCACGUUUAUGUUAUUUCGGUAUUCAAAAUUAUUAUUUAUUCAUACAUGUUUUUAAAUUGUUCAGCAUAUCUGUAUAUGUUUUUUUUUGAACCAUAAUUUUGAGUUUUUAGCUAGGUACCGUUACAUAAAAUUGGUAUCGUCAAUAUUCCCCAAUAGUGUAACUCGAAGUGAUUAUUCUUUGAAUUACAUUGUAAAAGAAGUGGAAUGUUGUAGAUAUCAAUUUUUGUACUAUUCCAACCAUAAACAAGUAAAUAAUAUGGUCAUUAUAAAUUAAGAUUGCUCUCACCAUGAACUACAGCCAUUUCAAAGUCUCAGUUGGACGCAUAAUGGUCUCUCAGGAAUAUGUUUUAGAAUUUACUUUCUAUUUAUCACAAAUUCCAGACAGUAUCAUUGGCUACCCUAACACAUUAUUUAUUGAUAAUGAUUUCUCUGGAGUUCAAGGUGAGAACAUGUUACAUACUUGUAUUUUCUAUUUUGAUUUUGUAUAUGCUGAACAAAGUGGAUCUUACAAAAUAAUAUCAUGUAUACCAUUGAAUUCAUCUGUAAAUCCAAAACUGAAACAUGUGCAUAACUGAUUCUUAAGAAAUAACUUCCAUUAACCGUAAUUCUGUAUAGAUAAGUUCACAUCAAUAAAUUGGUAUCAGUAGCUCAAUAUUAUAUCAAGGUCUUUGGGAGCUUUGAGGCUUGAUCUUUAUUAUUUUUAUCGACUUUAUCCUAUCUAAAUAUCUAGUCAGAUGUUAUUUUGUAAACAAUGAUUAUUUUUGGUUUUUAUUAUGUAUAUAUAGAUAUAUUAAAAGUUUAGUGUUAGUCGUUUAUAGAAUUUUUAAUAGUCAUUCCUGACAAUUGGCUAAGUAAUUAAUGAUGAAAUCGGUGCCUUACUGUACAAUAUUAGUGCCUUAUUUGUAAAAAUACAAUCAAUAAAAAUUUGUAUUUCUCCUCCAUUAGAGUCAAUUUGGUAUAUGUUCAAUUUUGAAGUCUCAAUCAUUUUACUGAGUAGCAAUAUUCCAAAACAUUGCAUUUGUUAAGUUAAAUUUAUCAUAGUCUUAUGAUAUAGAAGCAAUAAUUUCGAGUUUUUCUAACGUUCUUAUAAAAGUUGAAUGUAUCAUUUAUGGCAUCUUCCCAAAUUGUGUACUUAUAAUGCUGCGUUACAUAAAUUGUGCUCAGCCCAACGAUUAUGUAUUAUGUAUAAUAUAUAUUUUAUGUAUGUAUAUUAUAUGUAAGUUGAACAAUAUUUAUCUAAUGCCUAUCAUGAUCAACUACAAUAAUUAUCUUUUGAUGGUUAACACUUGUUAAAAUGGAUAACAUUCCUAUGCAAAUCGAGUUAUUUUAAAUUUACACUAUUAAAUGUUGAAACAAUCAUUCUUUGUAUUGUCUAAAAGUGUUUGGAAUAUUUUUAUACUAUUUUUAAGGUCAAAGUUCAAGCUGUUAAUUCUUUGUAAAUAAAUUUUUGUAUAAGA